AUGGGAAAAGAAAAAACCAAAGAAGUAUACGAUUCUUCACGUGACAAAACGUUGGGCAAGGUUUGAAUCUUUUUUUUUUUCGUUGCAUGAUUUUUUUUUCAGAUUGUUAAAGGAGAAUCACCAAUAUGGAUUCGCCUGGCAAUCUGGAUUCUCCGCGUCUGGUUUUUCAUCUAUGAUUGUCUCAACUACAUUCCUUACCAACUUUUCAACUCUCCGGUCGAGAAAUUGCGCAAGUCUGGCCGUGUAAAGGUUCGCUAUCAUAAACAUGUAGUAAGCUAUUUUAAAUUUUUUUUUUCAGGCAAAAUGGGUUGAUGAUCGUGAUGGACCAAUCAGAAACGUCGACGGACACUUGGCUGAAACAUUCCCCGGGAAAAAUACUAUCGAUAAGGUUGUUUUGAAAGGGAUUAUCCUUGUUUAAUGUUGAUUUUUCAGGUCUGGCGUCACAUCGUCGGAGAAUUUGAAGAGGCGCCGUGUCUGGGAACCCGCAAGCUGAUUGCCGUGCACGAAGAUAAGCAACCUGACGGCCGUGUUUUUGAAAAGUGGCACCUCGGAGACUAUGUCUGGCAAAGUUACAACGAAAUCGAGAAUAAAGUGAUUUAAAAAAAAGUUUCGUGGUAAGAUUGUUAAAAUUCAGGUGCAACGUCUGGCAGCAGGUUUGAGGGAUUUGGCUGACGAAGAAAAGGAACCCAAGGUAAUUUUUUCGUGUUUCUCUAAACCUGUGAUAAUUUUUUCAGGUUGUUAUUUUUGCUGAAACUCGCGCUGACUGGCUGACUACCGCUCUCGCCUGUUUCCGCGCAAAUAUUACCAUUGUCACUGUUUACGCCACACUAGGAGAAGACGUGAGAAUGAAUUAUGCCUUUUUCAUUGUUCUUUCUGUUUUCCAGGCGAUCGCUCACGCCAUCGGAGAGACUGAAGCUACGAUCUUGGUCACUUCAGCGGAACUUUUGCCAAAAAUCGGAACUCUAGGCAAAAAAUGCCCAACUCUCAAAACCUUGGUUUUUUUUCCUCUUUAUUUGGAAACAUAAUCACUGCCUACAGAUCUAUUUCCCCAAAGUUUCCGAGAACGAAGAAUUGAAAGACUUGAGCGACUUCAGGAACCAGUUCAAGCACGUCCUUUCUCUAAACGGUGUCAUGUCCAGAAACAAAACACCUCUGCGUAAGCUAAAUUUAACAAAACAAUUCAAAAAAAAAAACGGCUCAGAACUCGUUAUUUUUUCCUCUUUCAGUUGAAUCGACGGCGACACCAGCCGAUAUUGCCUUGAUCAUGUACACUUCGGGAACAACGGGGCAACCGAAAGGCGUCAUUCUGCUCCACGAAAAUGUGGUCGCUGCUCUCUGUGGUCAGAAUCAUGGAGUUGCCAUCAUUACGUUAGUUUUUCAUAUCUAUUUCCAUGUUUUUUUCGGUUUCACGUUUUAUUAGCAACUGUUUCAAAAUUUGUUUCUAUAAUUUAUGUAACUUCAAAAUCUCGUCGGUAAUAAUAUGACGGAAUCUUGAAUUAUGUUUUAUUAAUUUUUUUAGAGUGAAAUCGGCAAUUAAAACAUUCUUUUUUAUUUCAUUUUCUUUCAGGAAAGAAGACACUUACAUCGGAUAUCUGCCAUUGGCUCACAUUCUGGAACUCGACGCCGAACUUACUUGUUUGGCUAAGGGAUGCAAGGUAAUUUAUUGGAAUUAAAAAUAAUUUCGAAACUGUGAAUUCAAAAGGCUAAUCAAUAAUUUGUUUCGAAUGCAAAAAAAAAAUGAAUGAAAAUUAGCUCAAUUCAUUAAGUUUAUUCACUUCUCUAAAAAAAAAAAUCAUACUUCAUUUGAAUUUUUAACAGGUCGGCUACUCCUCGCCAUUGACGUUGCACGACCGCGCCAGCAAAAUUCAAAAGGGAACACACGGCGAUUGCCACGCCUUGCGACCAACUCUCAUGGCUGCAGUUCCCGUACGUAUUUUUAUUUUUGUUUUAAGAGUUCAGAAAGAGUCUUUCAGGCAAUCAUGGAUCGAAUUUUCAAAGCAGUGUCCGAGGAAGUUGCUGCCAGCCCAAGAUUCAUGCAAGAGCUCUUCAAACUGAAUUAUGAACGUAAACGAGCUCGCUACCAGGAGGGAUACUGCAGUCCGUUCCUUGACAGGUACCUCUAGGGCAAACAGAAAAAAAGGGAUGCAAAACAUGUUUAGUUUAGAGGUAAGCUAAGAUGUUAAAGAGAUGGAAAAUAUAAAAACUCUAGAAAAAAUAGUGUCGAGAGAAAAGUGAAAAAGAGAAAAAGUUUAAAAAUAUCUGAAAAACGCCUUCAAUGAAAAUAGUUUACAAUAACGAAAUAACUUCAGUUUCUCCAUACAGAUUUCUAUCAUUCGUGAUGUUUUCACGACUAUAGAAAGAUGAAAUACGAUUUUAGAAAGAUGAAAUACGAUCUUUAAGACCCAUUCGAGUUACAUUGUCAACAACUUUAAAACUGAAAUUUAUGACUAUCCUAAAACGGAUAUUUUUUUUUCCAGAAUCGUUUUCAAGAAGAUUCGCAGACUUUUGGGAGGUAAGCUGAAAGGAGUUCUUUCUGGAGGCGCUCCUCUCAAUGCGGAAACGCAGCGUUUCAUGAACAUCUGCAUGUGCUGCCCUGUUGUCCAAGUUUUCUGCCUCUUCUUUCCUCAAUACACCUGAUAAUUAAAGGGAUACGGUUUGACUGAAACUUGCGGCGCAGCUUGCGUUGCUGACAUAAAUGACCUGAGCACUGGAACUGUCGGUCCACCUGUCCGUUGCAGCGACAUUGCUCUUCGCGAAUGGCCUGAAGGUACAUAACUGUGUUUUUUAAAAAUUUCAUCUUGUUAAAUUGAAUAAUAGGCGGCUACUCGCCUUUCAAUGACCCUCCGCAAGGGGAAAUCCUCAUCUCCGGUGAGAACAUUUCUCCUGGAUAUUGGAAACAACCCGAUAAGACGAAGGAAGACUUCAUUGAAUACAAGGUAUUGUUUUCUGUGAGUGAAUCCGGAAAACUCGGCUCUUCAGGGAAAGAUCUACUUUGCUACUGGAGACAUUGGACAAAUGCGGGACGACGGCUCUCUUCUGAUUGUUGAUAGAAAGAAGGACCUAGUAAAACUGCAGCACGGAGAAUAUGUCUCUCUAGCCAAGGUUCAUCCAUUCCUUCAGGUCGAAAAUUUUUCGAUUUUUCAGGUUGAAUGUGCUCUUUUGAACUGUCCCAUCGUGGAUAACAUUUGUGUCUACGGUAGUUCCCACGAAGAAAGCACUGUCGCUUUGAUUGUACCCAACCAAAAGAAUUUGGAGAAAAUCGCGGAAGAAGUAUUUGAACCAUUUAUGGGAUUAUUCGAACACAAUUUCUGUUUUAGGUUGGGGUUACUUCCAAGGACCUUGCCGACUUGUGCUCCAACUCAAAAGUUGUCGAUGCCUACAAAAAGAAACUCGAUGAUCAUGCCAAAUCCAGUAAAUUUUCUUUUCACUACUGCUUUCAAAUGUUUGUCACUUUCAGGCAAGCUAACUCGCAUUGAAAUCCCAGCGGCGAUCCAUUUGUGCCCGGAGAUUUGGACUUCGGAGAGCGGCUUGCUGACCGAGGCGCUCAAGUUGAAGCGUAAGCCGAUUCAGAAAACCUACCAAGAGACCAUCGACAAUCUUUACAAAAAGCUGCGCAAAUCUAGCUCCAGCUGA